AUGCGCCUCUUCUUGAUCCGCCAUGGUGAGACUGUCGACAAUGUAGCUGGCAUACUAAGAGAUUCAGCCCUUACCAAUCAUGGAGCUGAACAAGCUCGUCGCCUGAGCGACUUCCUGGCAGAAAAUAGACCGCCGCUGACGCGCAUCUUCUCGUCGACAUUGCAGCGCGCCUACAAGACAGCUACUCUCUUGGCAGCAAAACAAUCCAACAAAGAUCUCAAUGUCACCACUGUCGAUUCUUUGAUCGAGCGCGAUUUCGGCUACUAUGAGGGCAAGACCAAUCGCGUGCGCAAGGGCCCCAACCGAGAAGAGCACAAGAAAGAGCCAGGCUUUGUCGACGUUGAAUCCAAGGACAAUCUUGGAGUCCGCGCAGAUGUGUUUCUGGACGACCAUCUCUUGCCCAUCUUGGAUGACGAAGCCGAUUUUGGUGGUGCCGCUGAGCAUGUCGUUGCGAUUGUGUCUCAUGGCAUCUUGUCGUCGAGUCUUUGGCGAAGGUUGCUGCUUCGUCUGGGUCCGAAGAGCGUGAAGGUAUCCCGCGAGGUCAUAGCAGCUCGAGGUCAAGUUGUCCUUGCUCAUUUAGGUGGCUGGAGUAAUACCGGCUUCCUCGAACUGUCUAUCCAAAGACAGGACCCUCCAAGCAGCCCGGAACUGGACAUCAUCCUGCCUCCUGUGAUUCCUUCUCUGGACGAGCAGGCGACUACUACCCAUGUGCCAUCGCCGAAAAGCCCAAUCGUCAUUUCGCCUCCUCACCUGGUAACUGAGUCAUCUGAAGCAGAGAUGCCCAUAGAUCAGCUCGACGUUAUUGGCAGAGUAAGUGUCACAAACCCUACUAUCGACCUUCAAUCCAGUGAGGAAGAUGGUCCUAGACUGCUCGAGGGUUACCGCACCACCAUUCUUGUCGUCGAUGGCCAGCAGCAUCUUCAAGGUCUGAAACGACAACGAGGUGGUAUUGGCCGAGCUGAACAUGAUGACAAACAGCAAAGUAUGACGGCCUUCUUCAAAAGAGCCAGAAAGGAUUGA